AGUCCUUCGUCCUUCGAAGCAUUAUUUCCCUUAGGAUAUAAUGAAUUUCGGACGAAGGCUAUGAAGGACAUACCUUCAUAAGCACAACGAAUGAUGAAGAAGAAUUCAUAUAAAUUAUGAGAUAUAACAUAAACAUUUAAACAUUAUUAUUAACUCAUUUCUAUUGACUUGUCAGGGAAAAAUAGAAAUGAUAAUAAAUUACAAAUAUACCUUCGGCUUGAGAGAAGGUAAAGGUACAAGCGUGAGGCAAAAGCAAAUGCCAAGUCAGCGUGAACAGUACGGGAACACUGUUCAUCUAUUUAUAGGCACGGGACGCAGCCCAUGCAAAAUUACAUCCAGGCCCUUUGCUUUUGACAAUAACUCUAUAGUAAUCUAUCUGGGUCUAGAUAGUCUUUUCCUCUUUAAGUCGGUUUCCUCUUUUCUGCCAUCAUACCGAAGCUCCCUUGCGCACAGCUUCGGCUCUGCUCCAUCCUUCGUAUUGUUUCCGUGCUUCUUCAUACCGUGGGCUCUUGUUCGAAGAUCCCUAUCCACACAUUAUACUCCAGAGGCAUUGUUAAAUCAUGUUUUUGAGGACCUUCGGAAGUCGAAGGCCCCCAACAGUAGCCCCUCGCAAUAUUAAUUUAUUAGAAUGAUAAAUUUAGAUCGCGACAUGGACGAAGGCCUUAAGCCGAAGGUCCGAAAAAACACCUUCCCUUUGCUAGAAUAGCAACAAUCAAUGACAAGCGGGGCCCUUUCCCUUGCAACACACUAGGCGUAUAAAUAAGAGCAUACCGCGAGCGGAUUUGGCACGCUUUUUGCCAUCUGCUCUUGCUCACCCAACUUUUAGCCCUUGCACACCAACACCUGCUUGGCCUUUUUUUAAAAAAAUUUAAGCUUCGGUUUCGAGAGCACUUUCUCAGCAUUUUCGAAGAUGUCUGAAGAUAAGAAAGUUGUCGCUGAGUCGAAGCUGAGACUUUCUGAGGAGAUGAAUCUCGGCUUUCUUGAAUCAAUAGCGAAGACAAAUACAGAGAAGAUUACUAGGGAGAUUUUAGAAGGUUUAUCUGAAGACACUGGUGACAGUGACAGUUAUGAUGUGGAAAGUGGUGGUGAAGAUUCCGAAGAUCGACCCUGGUGACCAAGCCAUGCAGUUUUUGGAAAAUCAAGCAUUAAACUAAGCCAUCUUGUUAAUAUGAGGGGCAGAUAUUUUCGGGAUUUAUCUAUUGUGAGGGCUGAUGAAGGAGAAAAAACUUGUCCUACUCCUGAGGAAAAUGAAGUCGUGAUAUUCCGAAGCUUCUUCAAGGCUGGGCUUCGGUUUCCUUUAAGCGGUUUCGUGGUUGAAGUUUUGAAGAUUUUUGAAAUCUACCUCCAUCAAAUUACUCCUGAAGCAAUCAUAAGGAUGGGAAUCUUCGUAUGGGCUGUGAAGAGCCAAGGUUUGGAGCCGAAUGCAAAAAGUUUCUGCAAUAUGCAUGAGCUAUUAUACGAGACGAAACCUUGGGGUAAAGAGAAAUAUCAUAACAAUUUUGGCUGCUACAGCUUCGGCGCCCGCUCUGGGUCAAGCUGUCCCGUGCCAACUUUUUGGAAGAGAUGGCCCGGGGACUCGAUGAAGGAAUGGUGUUAUGUAAAAAACGACUUGAAAACGCGAGAAGGUAUUAAAGAUAUCAUCAUGCGCCCCAUCUGGCAGCGUUUCGGCCUUCGGAAACCGAAGGUGGAUAUUGACGAAGCAACCGAAGAAUGCCAGAGGGCCUUCGGCGUAGUUUGCUCUUUCAUCGGGACAAGGGAUUUGAUCCAGGAACAUAUUUCCUUCAGAGUAUGGCCACUUGUAGAAAAGUGGGAAAUGCCGAAGGAAACCAUCAGCAAACCUGAUGAAGUGGACUAGUUAGGUUAAAAUAUACCUUCAGAUAUGGAGAUAAGUUUGUGGAGCCAGAUGAUGACUGGCUGAAAUGUAUUGAGGCCACAAGCGAUGAACUGCUUGGGCCAUAUUCGAAGACAGAAGAUACUGCACUGUCCGCGGCCUUCGGAGGUCGGAAGAAGAGACUCAACCGAGUGUUUGAUGCCAUUGGGUUCGUCUAUCCUGACUACCGUUACCCAACACAGGGUCAGAAAGGGAAAGAUACGACUUCUGUGAAGAAAGUUGCUUCAGCCGCUCCUAGUGAGCCGGCGCCGAAGAGGAAAAAGAUGAAGGUUCUUACGCACCGGCCACGCUAUAUUGAACCGGCCACAGUGCCUGAGUUUGUCGGUGAGACCUCUUCGGCCACCGAAGCCAAGGAGCCGACUCUCCUGCCGAAUAUUGAAGAGCCGGCCAAAAUGCCGGCAAUGGAAAAAAUAGAAGAACCGAGGGCUGAAGAGACAAAGACAUCGGAAAAGAAUGGUUAACGUGCUAAUGCCGAAUAUUGAAGUCCUUCAGCAAGAAUCGAGGUGCUAAUGCCAAUGCCGAUGGCACAAAAAGACCUUACGACAACCCCCAAGAGGAAAAGAAUGGUUAACGUGCUAGAUGUACUGGAAACGAUAAAAUCUUCAAGCUCUACUCCGAAGAUAGCUACUGAAGUUCCAAAGACACAAACUGAGGCCAAAGCUGCCAAAAGUCAAGCGGAAACUGAAACUGGGCUUUCAGAGCCUACCAAGAGGGAAUUCUUGGAAAUUGAAAAAGAAACGGAAAAAGAAUCUGCAGAAGAAACUUUUUCUGAGAAAAUCGUCACACAUAUUCCCGAAGCAUCUUCUGAAGCUUCUGACUAUGUAUUACGUCAUGCUUCGGGUAAAAAUCUGAGCGAAAAAGAAAAAAGAGAAGCUCAAUUCUAUGCGCAAAAAUUGAAAUAUCCAAAAGGGGCGCUGAUAUUCAACGGCAGCGGAGAAGAAGACUUCUUGUAUUGUCUCCCUCAUAGCAAGGAGAUUUCUGUCUGUCGGGAGAUGAGCAAAAGCUUCGGAUUCCCAACAUUAGAAGACGGGCUCUUGGUGUUGUCAAAGGACGAGCUAGCCGACAGCUUAGCGUAUAAUAGUUUAAAGGGUCUUAUACUUAGCAAUGCCCUCAGGGCACAAAAGAAUGACGAAGACGAAGGGUGCGCCAUAGCCCUGAGCAACCUUCGUUCCGAAGUAAUUGAUCUAAGGAACGAAGGUCUCGAAAAAGAUAAAAUAUUACAUUCGUUGGUGAAUAAAAUAAAAGAAGAUGAAGCUACUUUCAAAGCUCAAGCUGAGGCUCAGAAGCACGAAAUUGAGAAUCUUCGGAAACAACUAGCCAGAGCUACAGAAGAAUACACAAUUGAAGAAACAAAACGAGAAAUUAGUGAACAAUGGGCAAAUCAUUUAGAAAAAAACGUUGAAGAGCUUCGUGCGUCCAAGAAAAGGUGUUAUGAAAAAUCUAUAGAAUGUGUUAAGAAAAUAAGAACCAGCUUCACCAACGUUGGCGCGUUUUCAAGUGAAGAAAAUUUCAUGAGGGGUGACCCCGAAAGCCCAAUUGGAUGGAUCAGCCACGAAGCUGAAGCUUUUGAAUAGCCGUGGAGACAUAUGUGCCUUCUCGGGUGCCAGGGGGAUUGCCGCUGUUUUGGAGAAGAAAGGUUGCGAUCACGUGAAAUCCCUGGCACAGACCGAAGCCGUUUUAUCCUCUGAAGACAUAAAAGACCCUUCGGCCGAGGCGAGUUUGGUUGGUGGGAAAUUUUUCACCGACAUCUGGGAAAACGGUGGCCGGGAGAUGGCUCAAGAAAUUAUACGGAGAAGCGAGAAUGGUAUACAUGACGCUAGAAAAGUAGCAGAGGCCGCUGAGAAAAGUGUGGAUCUCGAAGGGCGAAUAGAGCCUGCCGAGCCAUCGACAGACCCCCACGUAAAGGGGGAUGACGAGAUUAGAAGAAUGGCUGAAGCUAUCAUGGACAAAGUUGUUGAUCAAUUACUAAACGAAGCUGCAGAAAUAGUUCUAAGGGAAGAUUAGAUGUUAUUGUAAAAACAUUUGGAAUGUAAUAUUUGUUGAACAAUAUGUGUAAUAUUUUGUAACUUUGAAUGUAAUAUAUAAUCUAUUUGUGGUUCAAUUCUUUACGAUGCAUGAAACUU